AGGUGUGCAUCACAGGGCGUGGGUUUUGCAAUGCUGUAGCUCCUCUGGUUGAAUGCCAAUCAAGGAAGUCGUCGACGGACGGAGGGGAGAGAGAAAAACACCCCUAAACAAUGAGUUUCAUCCCGCUUUGGGAGAUUUAACUGUGACCUGAAGAGGAAUAAGACAGUUUACAGACAUGGCGAGCACAGGGAUUUGCUGUGCCAACCUCAAAGACAAUAAAGCCUUGAUGAAGAUGGGGCUGGCCCUUGUGCUGGUGGGCCAUGUCAACUUUCUUCUUGGGGGACUGGUUCAUGGUGCUGUCCUCAGACAGAUCAAUGUUCACAAACAAGCCCGAACGCUGUUGUACGUCGUCUCUAAUGUCAUUGCCAUUGCAGCAGGACUGGUGGGAAUCAUAAGUGGGAUAACGGCUAUUGUGCUGUCCAAAAACAAGAGAAACAGGACUGUGAUGUGGGUUCUGCUGUUCUUCAGCUUCCUGGCGGGUUUACUAGGAUUUGCCUCUGCCUUAGGCUUGUCCAUUUCCUUCCUCAAAUCCAUUCUUUUGGAUGGAAGAAACUUGCUGACCCACUGCAUCUUCUCUAAUUUAACCUCUUCCAGCAUUACAGACCAGUGCCCCUUUGAUCCCACACGUGUCUGGGAAACCACUAUUGGCUUGUGGGGGCCGCUCAUCGUCAUGACUACGGUGCAAAUGGUGUUCUCCUUCCGCUCCUUUGCUGUCUGCGCUUCAUUCCUAUACUUGUGCCCGUGCAGAAAAAGGGCUCGCAAUGCGAGGAGGGUACGGAUUGCGACACCACUACCAGCCUCACCCUCACCAGCAAAUGAAAACGAUGAAGAGGAGCCAACAGUGCAUAAUGAACUGCUGUCAACACCGUAGUGGAGCAAAGUCGACCUCAUAGUCCUACAUUAGACACAACUGACUCCAAGACAGAUUUGUGUUAAAGUCCUAAAAUUGUUUUUGGAUUAUGUCAUUUUAAAAUAUCUGUUACUUUUCUAAAAUAAUAUGAAAGAUUUUUAUUUUGGUUGUAAAACUGUUACUAAUGGAAACAAGUUAGAAGAAACAAGUUAACUUUAAUAUUGGUUCGUUUUAGAAGUGAAGUGUUUUAAAUUGUUUUUUAUAAAAAAUUGCAAUUUUAUAUGAAAACUUU